UGAAAAAGAUUGCUCAAAUGAAUUUUUUAUUUGGACUACAAACGAACCGCCACAACAAUAUCAGCUGGAGGGCGAUAUUGGCCAAUGCAAUAACACCGCCGACACCGAGACUCAAAAACUAUUUCAACAAUUCAAGAGUGUGUUCGGCACCGAAGCCGAUCUGAAUCUCUACUAUGCUCUCAAUGCCGGCACCGAGGACGAUAGUGAUGAGGUGGCCCAUGUUCGUUUCGAACAGAUGAUGGCCGAACUGAACGAGUUGACCCACUCAUCGAACAGCAGUAGUAGUACUUCCAAGACCGUUACCACCAAUCUCUCACCGAUCAGCACGGAUGAGAUUGAACCGAUUUUCGAAGAGAUCAUUGUCACACCAUCCACCAGUUCAGCGACAUCUUCAUCCUCGAUGUAUGGUGUACGUACACCGACGCCGCCAUUUUGUGAGAUCAUCAAACGUGUCAGCCAACAGUAUCGUCAACCGCCUCAGUUGCAGUUGUACUAUCCUCAUUCUCAGCUCGAGACCGACGAUGAUGAAGGUAUGACCAUAACGGAAAUUGUUGAGGUCCAUCGGAUACCAUCAUCAGCGGCAGCCGUACUCUUUACCAUCGAAGAUAACAAUAAUCCAUCGCCCGCCACAACAACACCAACCAUCACCAGUGCAUCAACAACCAUUACAACAACAACAGCUACAGCCACACGUACAAAUGGCACCAGCAAUGAUGAUGAUGAUGCCGAUAUUGAAAGCAAUGUUAAUAACAACAAUACAUCGUGUUCGCUAUCAUCAACGCUGACCGACAGUAAAACGUUAGAUGUUCGUACACCGAUUGUGGUCUAAGGACAAGAUUUUAUUCAGAAUAACCAGCAUUAUGAAAUAGAAGUGUAUUUUGUUGUGUUGUAAUAAUACGGUUGCGGGGGAAGUUAUUUUAUGGAGUUGCUUUGAUUGGAAGUGAGACAUAUUUGUUUCAAGAUCAAAAUGGCGCCCAAUGUAAGAAUCUAGUUUUCUUUAUUUGUUGCCUUCUCUAUUUCUUGUGGUUCAGUCGUUUAUCCGAAAGAUUAUGAGAUUAUUUUUCGUGUCAUUUUUUCUUUACCUUCCGGAGUCUUUAUCAUCCCCAAAAUUGGAUGUGGCACCCAAGCUGUUGCUGCUGUUCUGAAGGGGAUCUCUGUAAUAAUGAUUGUAACAAUCCUCAUAUGGCUCCUUUCCCCCUUAAGUUCCUGAAAACGUUAACCCUGUGGAAUAACGUUUUUACCGCACCCGCCUUUACAGUUAGUUAUGUUUAGACGACUUUUAAACCAGUUUUUUUUCUGAAUUUUCUGUAGGUCGAUCUUGUUGUGUUUCAUGGGAUGCAGAGAUUGGUUGCACAUCCAAAACAAUUGUGGCUUAAACAAUUGUGGCUUAGCAGAGCAAUUUGUAUUGUGUCUAGGAUAUUUGGUAUUGAAAAUGAGAUAUAUCGGUCCACGUUCUGGUAUAGUCCCCAUAUAACGGUACCUCCCGAUAUUCGGUAUUUUGAUGAUUUAUGCCACAUUUUUUCACUGAUUUGUUUGAAAAUUGGUAUAUGUAGGUCAAAACGGGUCCCUGUUCGUGUGGCAAAACAUGACAUGUAUAGGUCCACGUUUUGGUAUAGCCACCAUAUAAAGGUACCUCCCGAUAUUCGGUAUUUUGAUUAUUUUUACCACAUUUUUUCACGGAUUUGUCUAAAAAUUGGUAUUUGUGGGUCAUAAUGGGUCCUAGUUCGUGUGGCGAAACAUUGUAUGUAUAUGUCCACGUUUUGGUAUAGUCCCCAUACAACGGUACCUCCCGAUAUUCGGUAAAUUGAUGAUUUUUGACACAUUUUUUCACGGAUUUGUCUGAAAAUUGGUAUUUCUAGGUCAUAAUGGGUUCUAGCUCCUUUGUAGGUCCACGAUUUGGUAUAGCCCCCAUAUAAUGGCACCUCCCGAUAUUCGACAUUUUAAUGGUUUUUGCCACAUUUCAUCUAAUGUUUACUUUACCCUAAGGUGGAGGGCAUAAAAAGUUUGCCCCGGCCGAUGUUUUUUUACUUUUUCGUCGCGUAAUUUCCAUUGUUAUUGUUUUAGUACACAGUUUUUUGCUGAUGCACCUCACACCACAUAUUGUAGGUGCAUAUUCCCAAUUUAUUUGGGAUAGUCUUAAGAUUAAUGAAGUAGUGAAUGGUAUGAUGAUAAUAAGAACAUCUCGCGGCAGCAAUCCAGAAAAUGAAGACAAUCAACACUAACAGUCUUCGAAGUUGUGAUUGAUUAUCAUUCCUAUUGUAUCACUCUAUCCGGUACAAUUCUGAAAUGUGAGGAUGUUGCGAAACCGCUAACAGUAAACCAACCAAUCUUAAACCAGUAAGGAAAGCUCAAAAGUCGGGCGGGGCCGACUAUAUGAUACCCUACACCACUAUGCAUAUUUAGUAGAGCUCUCGUAAAAAGGUUUAUACAGGGCAUUUCAGAGCUCUAUGAGAUAUUUGGUACAAAAUCAAAAUCUAUCUAAUUCUAUCGUGCAUUUUACGAACUAUAGCUAUCUCUCAAAUUUUACGUAUUAGCUUCUAGACUGAAUUCGGUCUCAUGUACAAAAAUUCAGGUGAUUUGGCCUGAUAUUGACCAUUUAGUUCACAUUUAACCCGAAAUCGGAUGAAGAUAUAUAUGGGAGCUAUAUCCAAAUCUGAACCUAUUUCGAUAAAAUUACAAACAGCUAUUUCUGGGCUGUAUCUUAUAUCUGGUACCAAAUAUCAUUCUUGUGGAGUGCAUAUUACGAAUGUGAGAGGCUUAAACACCAAAUCGGAUAAAACAUAUAUAUGGGAGCUAUAGCUGUUCCUGAACCGAUUUUCCCCAAAUUUGUUGUAUUUGCUUUAAGGCUAAUCUCGGUCACAUGUGCCAAAAUUCGGGCCAUUUGGUGGUCAAUUAACCCGAAAUCGGAUGAAGAUAUAUAUGGGAGCUAUAUCCAAAUCUAAACCGAUUUCGAUAAAAUUAAAAACAGCUAUUUCUGUGCUCCAUCUAAUACCUGGUACCAAAUAUCACGGUUGUGGAGUGCAUAGUAGGAAUGUGAGGGACUUAAAGAUCAAAUCGGAUGGAAGAUAUAUAUGGGAGCUAUAGCUAUAUCUGAACCGAUUUUCUCCAAAUUUGAUAUACUUGCUUCUAGGCCGAACUCGGUUAGGUGUGCCAAAAUUCAGGUAAUUUGGACUGAUAGUGGACAUUUGGUGCACAUUUAACCCGAAAUCGGAUGAAGAUAUAUAUGGGAUCGAUAUCUAAAUUUGAUCCGAUUCUCACCAAUUUCAAUAGGGUUCGUCCUUGGGCCAAAAAAAUAUUGUUUGGAAAAUUUCAUCUCAAUCGGAUAAUAAAUGCGACCUGCAUUUUGUUCACAAGAAUACAUGGACAGACGGACUGACAUGCAUAAAUCGACUCAGAAAGUGAUUCUAUGAAGGUUCUCAAAAGUAACUAUGGGUCUAUCUCGUUUCCUUCUCCAUGUUACAAACAAAUGCACAAAUGCAAAUACCCUUACCACUAUGUGGUGUAGGAUAUAAAAAGGCGAAAAGGGAAAUAUUACAUCGGUGUGAUCUAUUCUAGUGAAGAACAUAGAGAAUACACUUGAAUAUUUUCAGACUCAUCUAAAGCGAUUGAUCCUGAGAGAAUUCCGAUGGCGAUCUUGAGCAAUGGGAUUAACUUGAAAAAGUAUUAAACUAAGGAUCUCAACUUGUCUUGUCUCUUUUAGUAACUGAAGCCUGGACCGAAAUCAUAACAAUAGCUUUGUAUACCAUUUCUGUGCAUAUAAGGCUUCACUUAGUCAGCUGAUAAGGAAACCAUGUAAUGGUCAAUGCCCAAUUUUGUCAUGUCUGUCUAAGAACCAUAUGUUCAUGAAUCCUAUCUACCACUUAUCUCUAAGGUGGCUGAAGUUUUAUCUUUGCGACACUAGUUGCGAAACCGCUAACAAACCGCUACGUCGGGUGUGAUCUAUUCUAGUGAAGAACAUAGAAACAUGAACUAGAAAAAGUAUUAAACCAAGGAUCUCAACCUGAGGAUCUGAAUCCAUUUUAAGAUAGUCUAAUCGUCCCCGGAGAUCACAGCCCAUUUUUCGCAGCAGAAGAACUUCAGCUCUCUCCACAAGCAUUGCAAUAUUGGUACCGUUAUUGUAAUUGGUCUAAAAUUGUUAGCAGAACUCAUUAACCUAUCCGGAAUGUAGCACUCUUUAAUUGGAUCAGGAUCAGGUCGCCCCUUUUUAACUUUGGAGUAAGAAACUCAAAUAAUACCUGUUGCUGUAACAAAAAACACCUGAUUUUACUUUUGGGAUUGAAAAGUGAGAAUCGCCUGGCGCCCAAUCCACUGAGAUAAUUUGUCGCUUAUUAUUUUCGUCACUACCAGAGAGGGAACAUUCUACAUUUGCCUAGCAUGUCCUCGGACUUCGAGAAGCAAUUCCUCUGAUGCCGUUAAUGAUAACGGUUUAUUUUUUAGUUUAUUAAUAGUCUGUUCCAGAACUCUUAAUUGGAUCGAGAUCAUGUCGCCCCAUUUUAUCCUUAGAGUAAGAAACUCAAAUAAUACCUGUUGCUGUAACAAAAAACACCUGAUUUUACUUUUGGGAUUGAAAAGUGAGAGUCGCCUGGCGCCCAAUCCACUGAGAUAAUUUGUCGCUUAUUAUUUUCGUCGCUACCAGAGAGGGAACAUUCUACAUUUGCCUGGCAUAUCUUUGGACUUCGAUAACGGUUUAUUUUUUAGUUUACUUAUGGUCUGGUCUAAAACUGCCAAGAAUGUUAAAGACUUUACUGCGAUAACCGAUUUUCCCUUUAUGAUAUCGAUACUGGUACUGCAACAGAGCAUAAAAUGAUUUUGUUGCGAAUAUUAGGAGUUGCUCCAGUUCUUACAAUUCUUACUUAUUUAAGGCGCUGUUUCUCUGUGCCCUCUCAAAGCAAAUCUAUAUAACUUCUUCUGGUACUAGGUUUAUUAUAAUUUAAAAGAAAGGUAGAAUUGCAGUUAAACUACGGAAAUCGGGAACCAAUUAAUAAAUAUAUUUUACAUAAACAUCGAUCCCGUACACGAAAAACUUGUAAAAUAUGUAACCAAAAAGAACAGAACACACAAAAAUAUGGCAUUCUCUUUAGUUCUCGCAUUUUAUGUGCAAAACAGUUUUUUUCGAGCAUGCUGCCAUUAAAAAACACAACAAAAGUUAAAUAUAGUUCCUUUCACGGAAUAGUUCUUAUGAAGUAGUUCACGACAAAUAAUUAGGAUAUUAUUGGCCUGUUCCCGAACUGCAAUAAUUGGUCUGUUCCAGAACUGCAAGAAUCUAAAAGUUUUUAAUAAAAUAACCGAUUUUCCCGUUAUGAUAUCGAAAAAAAUCGCAAAACUAGUAGAUUGUAACAGGUUCUGGAACAGAGCAAAUGUAAAACUUUUUACUGCGAUAACCUAUUUUCCCUUUAUAAUAUCGAAAAAAAUGCAAAAAUAGUAGAUUUUUGCACGUGCAAUAAUAUGGAAGGAUGACUGUUUCUUAUGCUAUUUCAACGUUUUUUAACUAUUUGACAUUUGGAAAUAUACAACAACCACAUAGACAAAUGCUACGACUUUUAAUGGCUUAGUUUUUAGUUUUUCGAUUAAAUAUUUGUGUUCCGGCUGUAAGUAAAUAAAAUCCAAAAUGCGGAGUUUUGCUUGUAACUUGUAACGUGCUACGUUUAAUUCAAUAACAACAACAUUACACACAUUACAAUAAUCAUAAAAAACAACGGGCUUGCCGCAGAUUUUGCACUCCCUCACUUAACGGUAAUCAGACAAACAAUAAUUGCAACGACAGAAAUUAUCACAAAAACGACAAUUAAAGGACAAAUAGGGAUCCAAAAACAGCGGCUUACAAACGUCAUUGAGAAUGAUCGAUUACUAUCGAUAAACACACCAGAUAAACGGUAAUCAGUUGGAACACAAUUGGGCGUUUGGCGACAGUUUGAAAUGGAGUUUUUUUUUUUAAUAAGACUCAUGGUAGAAGAAUACUCUUAGUUGCAUCGUCACAGCUGCUGGAACAAUGAACUGUCAAACCAAUUUUGAAUUUGGAAUUUUUGAAUGAAAAAUUAUUCAAAUUUGUAAAAAUUGUUAAAAAAAUCAUAUCAUCAAAACCUGCGAUUGGCGACGUAUGAGAAAACAUAUACAAAUCUACUUAUUUUUGAAGAAACAUUUAACAAUUUUUGACACAUAAAUGUUCCCAAUUCUGCUACCAUGAUAAGACUUUCCAUCGUAUCGUAAAAUUAAAAAGAUUACCUCAUUUUAAUCAUAAUUGCAAGUCAUAUAUAAUUGGAAAGAAAACUGAUUUACAGCUCUGAUUUGAUCUGAAGAUCUAUAAUUGUCAAAUUUAUUUGACAACAGGAAACUAAUGGCGUAACUUAAAGUCACUGGUUCCUUACAAAUUUAUGCUUGUUUUGGGUGAACCUGAUUUCCUAUAAAACUGCAAUUUGUCUUUAACUUUCCUUGCAGCCAGUGUUGGUUUUGAUGUGUCUACAUACAAUAAUAUACCGUACAUAAAUACACGAAUAUCUUUAUUUACAAACCAUAGUAGCAUAUAUAUAAAGUAUAUGAUUUCAAUUCUCGAUCAUUGUCAACAAUAAAUUAUUGCAACACAAUAACUGUUAAUUAAUGGAUUUUAUAUUAUGUUAAUAUAUUAGUGUUAUAAUAUACUUAUGUUCAUAGUAUAUGUUAAUGUUAGAAAAAAAAAACAUGUAAAACAUGUUUAAAUCAUUAUGUUAUAGGUGUAUUAUAUUAGCUCCAACAACUGUUGAAUUCGCCGUAGAUGCAAAAUAUGCCGACAUGUUUUCUCAAGAUAUGGUAACAUUUCGAGUUUUAUACAAAUGUGAAGCAUUUUGAUUUUAUGGAGACUAAAAUCUAUAUUGUUCUUUAAAAUACUUUCAUAGAUUGAUUGAAACCAAAUCUCGAGAAGUCUCUAUAUGGAACAUCUGCAAUUAUUCCAAAACAAAUAGUUAAUAAAUAAACAGCCAUUAUAUGUUGAAAGACCAUUUUGUAUAUAUUCUUUUUUAUUAAUUUCAUAUUUUAUUCAAACAUUAUUUAUCUUUUCAAAUGCCGAUAAAAUCUCACAUAGACAAAAUCACAUGCAUAAGAUGAAAGGCCAAUCAGUUACGAUGCCAGAAUUACCAAACACAUUUAAAACAUCAUAUGGCAACUCUUUACUCAUCAUCUGCAUUUGGCCUUUCAUCGUCAAACAAUAACAUCAACAGCUUUCAAACUAAUUUGCUAAAAUAAAUAAUUUGAGCAAUAUUUUUCACUUCGUUGCGCUAUAUAAUAAUAUGUGUAUAUGUUUUUGAAACAUUUGUGCAUACAUAAUAACUUAUUAUAAAAUUAUAUAUUUUUUUGCUAAAGCCGAGGUAGUACAGUUGCCAUAUUUACUUAAUUUCAUAAAGCUACAUGAUCAUACAUCAAAUCAGGCAAACAAUACUUAAACGUCGUAAUGCCUUAAAGAAAAUAUUAUUUUGUUUGGCAUAGCUUCAGUGGGAUUGAUAAUUAAAUGACUUAUUUGGAACGUAUUUGGUGUGAACAUUGCAUAGUUGGAUUUUUAAGAGCUUUAGGAAAGCUUGUCCAAAAAAAUAACAAACAAUUCAGAAAAAAAAUGUUCUCAAAAAUCCAUUAUUACUCGUUUUGUGGCAUGUGGCACGGGUUUUUUGAAACGACAUGUCAUUCAAGACAAGCUCCUGCAAUUUGGGCAGCUGGUUAUCACCUCACGGUAGCGCUCAACAUUUUUUGUUUAACAAACUAUUACGAUUUCCAGCAACUUUAAAGAAUUACGGUCCAAUGAUUGAUUCAGCCCAUAAACCGUACCUAGCUGCGAUUUCUUCUGGACGCAUGCUUUUGCAACGCUGACUUUAAAUCCAAAAUCGACAAUUCUGUUUUUUUUACCUACCCAUUGAGCCAAAAAUUAUCUUCGUCACUAAACACAAUAAACGCGCCAUGAACUUUCUUAGCAGAGCGCGUAUUUGGAUAAUUUAAUUCAUCGGUCAGCAAACGUUGUUCAUUUAUAAGACGAUUCAUGGUUGUAGACCAAAAUAAAAAUGUCUGACAGUGAAAAAUAAACACGAAACGUGCGUGAGUUGUUGCCAAAAAAAAUAGCAAAAAUAUCACACUGUGUAGUCGCCAACAUCACCUAGUUCAGUUGAAGAUUUUACUGAAGAAAAACUGAACUAGUUCCGUUCCGUUUAAGUCAUUCGUUUUGUUUAGGUAAAGGAGCAGGUCGAUUCAUAGAUAAAUUAUAAAACAAACUUAAGAUAUUCGACAGUAAAAAAUAAACACGAAACGUGUGCUAGCUGUUUAAACUAGACUUGCCAAAAAGAUAAUAGCUAAAAAUGACAUUGUACAAUAGUUAACAUUAUUUAGUUCAAUCGAAGGAUUCACUGAAGAAAAGCUGAACUAGUUCCCUUUACUCGUUAAUUUUGUUUUGGACUAUCCACUGAAUGAAAAGCGAUCUGACUUAAUCGAAAUGAAGAAGAAAUAAGUAGAGGAUGCAUAAAUAAGUAGAGGAUGCAUAAACCAGAGAAAAGACAACAGACCAAAAAAAAAACAAACUGCUGAACUAUUCCGCAAUAUCGAAUAAAGGAAGUACUGACUUAUGAAGUAGAUUUUGCCAAUUAUAUUUUCAGGAGUAAAAGUUUGACGAAUAUCACCAUGACUUUAUGUUAUCCACAAAUGCCAACAAAUGCUUCUAUCUUUAAAGGUGGGAAUACAUAAAGCGCUUAUCUGGCCGACUUAAGUCAUCGGCUGGCCUUUUCAGAAAAAACUCUUUAGUUCCUCUAAGAAGAAGCCUGAUGACUUAAGCCAGUCAAAAAAGCGUUUUAUGUAUUCUUACCUUAAGAAUUGUUUAAUAGGCAAGUCGGUCAUAUAAAUAUAGUAACAUGUUUUUCCGCUUCUGCCAGAAGUCAAUAGACCCUAUUUACAAAGAACAUGUUUUCCAAAAAAAACGUUAUUUAGAUUGUCAAUUCCUUUAAGCAUACGUCAAAUAAAUGAAAAACUUUCAUAAAACAUGUCAUUUAGGUGUCAGUGUAAGCAUAGUACAGUAAGGAGGUAAAACAGCUUUGUAAAACGGCGGAAAUACAGCCCUGAAGCUAUGCCCGCUUUCCGUCAGAAUUAUUUAAAUUUAGAUGCAACAAAUUUGGCGCCUGUCGAUCACACUCAGAAAAAAAUUGUAAUCAGCUGGUAGCUCUACUAUACCUUUGUAUCGUACCGUGUGUGUAAAUAAAGGUGUGUGUGUGUGUGUAUAUAAGCAGCUUGGCAUCAUGGCUAGACAUAUUAAUGUCAAAUUAUAGGGAAAAACGACGGCAGGAUUUGAGUGCGGCUCUGGCAUCCCUUUAUGGUAUGUCACAAAAUAAGCCAUGCGAAGACUUCAAGCUCCUUGUGUGCUCACACCUUAAGACUAACAUUACAGCCGUUAAGGAGGGAAUACAUAUAGCGCAUAUUUGGCUGGCUUAAGUCACCGACUGGCUUCUUCGAGGAGUUUCAGGUCAACUUAGUUCGAUUUUGGCAAUAGGCCUUUGUUAAUUUCUGAAGAAGCCAACCAAAUAAGGACUUCAUAUAUUCCCACCUUUACCCUGUACUCGCACUCUUUCUAAUAUACCGAUCAACAAAAAAUAGAAGUUUUCUUAAAAAGCUAAAAUAACCGCGUUCCGGAAAAGAGCCGCAAUUCCGCAUUAUUGGCCCAGGUACAUGAUAAUUGUGCACUUAGACCGAGACUAGCACCACAGACUUAAGAUGAGAAUACAUAAAACGAUUUUUUGACUGACUUAAGUCAUUGGCGGACUUCUUCGUAGAGGAACAAAGGAGUUUUAGAUUGACUUAGUUCAAUUUUGGCCCUACGCUCCAUUUUCCUUUUCCGAAGAAGCCAGACGAUGACUUAAAAAGCGUUUUAUGUAUUCUCACCUAAACUCGUUUAUACUUAAACGAAUGACGCCUAAAUGUGAACACUUGAUAACCAAGCGUACACUCAAUGAUUUCAAUGUCUCUAAGCUGAGAACACAUAGAACCAGUUCUUACUGGAAGUCAUUGACUGACUUCUUCGUAGAAGAACAAAAGACCGUAAGGUGAACAAGUAUAAAUUAUGGUCCGAUGUUGAACUACGUCAACCUAAAACUCCUUUGAUGACUUAAACCAGUCAAAAAGCGUUCUAUGUGUUCUCACCUUUAGUUACGCCUUGAUGAAUUGUAUAUCUCAAAACAAUUUGUAACUUUAUGAAAUGUUGUAACAUCUGGCAAUGUAUUAAACCCUCAACAUAAACUUUUAUAAAUUAGUAUAUAUAUACAUACAUAAUACUGUUAACUUUUUUCUAAUCGAUCAAUUCAAAUCACCACAUUUUUAAUACUCAACACUUUAGCAGGAGCACUUUCAAUUGUAUUUAUUUAUAAGACACAUACGGAGUACUCGAACGUUUACACUUCCCACCAAAUCAAAAUUAUGCUACAUACAUAAAUAUUUUUUAUGCAAAACAAUUUUUAAAAGUAUCUACAUUUAACUCAAUCAUUUUAUACACAAAGUCACUCUCAUUCACUAUCUAGAACGGAAGUAUCACAUGCCGGAAUUCAAAAUAAAUACGGUUCAAAAUAAAUAGUAAAGCGUACAGGGGCAAUGACAGUGUAAAACUUGAUUAAUGAACAUUAUUUUAUUUCUAAACAUUAUUUAAUUUGGCAUAUUUUCAAAGAAAAUAUAUCAGAUAAAACACAUUUAAGAAACCGAUAUAUACAGUGGCACAACCAUUGACAUUGACAACCGCUGGGAAAAUGAAUUGUCAAAUCAAUUUUGAGUUUUUGAAUGAAAAAUUAUUCAAAUUUGUAAAAAUUGUUGAAAAAUGCAUAUUAUAAGAAGCUCCGAUUUGUGUCGUAUAAGAAAAUUUAUAAAAAUCUACUUAUUUGGUUCUAAAGCGUUGAUGCAUCUACCUGUAUUCUUCUACCAUGGUGUACAUCAAACAUAUGUCAAUUCCAUUUGUCAUUUUAAGUUAACGAACUAAAAUGGCAAGUUUCUCAACACGUGGUUUGGUGUGAACCAAGGA